GUCGAGGCUGCAGGGAUGCCACUUGGCGACGGCAGUAUUUAAUCGUCGGCCUCCCCGCCAUCUCGGCCCUUACGCCUCACGACAAGCGAGUUCGACAACUAAAGUGUGCUUUGUCUUCACCACCAGUGUGGAUAAACACGCUUAAGCUCUUCGAAUCCUCACUGACUUUUCUCCCCCGAAAGGUUUGCGAGUUCGAGAGUUUCCAGAGCUCCCAACUUCACAUGAACGUUGCGUCACACUAACCUGUCCACUCUUUACGAGAAACAACCCCCCCUUCGCUUCAGUCGCUCGCUUCAUCAUGUUCGGGAAGCGUUCUUUGGCUAGUUCAAAGGACAAGGACCGUUCAGGCAAGAUCACCAAGCAGCCGAAGAGAUCGUUUCGCGAUGCCUCCAAGCAAAAGGCCAUGGCCGAGAAGCUGGAUGCACGCAAGGACAGCCCUAUGAUGAACGGAGGAUCACCGCAGUUGACCUCUGCCAUUGUGACGGUCAUCGUUGGUUCCGACCAGCGACUGUUCGCGGCCCACGAAGAUGUACUGUGUCAUUCUCCGUACUUUGCUGAACUGCUGCGGAGCCAGUUCUUCGAGUCAACUAACCGCCGCAUCGAUCUGCCUACGGAAGAGCCUGAAAUAUUCAGUUGCAUCCUCGAGUAUCUGUACAAGGGAGACUACUACCCCCGCCUUGUCCACGACAAGCGGCGCCAGACCUGGAUGCUCGAAGGUGCAAUUGCCUCACCCGACCCCAACAAAACCGGCGACCGCGCUGCCGCAGUCGAGCCAACAUUUUUCCACACCGGCGUGGGAGACGUUCUUCUCCGUGACACUGCCGUGUACUGCGCUGCCGAUCGCUACGGCCUCGAGGAGCUCAAGAAGCUCUCCCUACGCAAGCAGGGCCUGCAGAGCGGGAUCGAGGUCGGAAUAAUCCUGCGUAGUGCGCGCUAUGCCUACGAGAACACGCCGGACAGCGACUCACGGCUGCGCGCUCAUUACCUCGCUCUGAUUAUCCGCAGUCGGAAAACCUUCAAGCGUAGUGGAACCAUGCAGAUGGAGAUGGAGAUGGGAGGAAAGUUGUUCUUUGACUUGUUUGUGGCUAUGUGCAAUCACGUCGAUGAUCUUGUGGAUGCGAGCGCCUCCGCUCGCGGCACUCCCAGGACCAUCUGAAGACUCGGUUGCACACUAGUCCUAUCACUCGUCAUUGUAUACAAAACGCCCCGACAAAAUACCACACAACCACCCUUGCACACACAUAACCCGGAGUAUCACACCCAAGUUGAGCCUAAGCCUUGAUCUCCGCGUCAACCCCAAAUUGCCGACAAGCGACCCAAAAACCGUGAAAACUACCAAAAAAACAUGGAAUCGGAGUAAUAAGAGGGGUUGAUUCCCU